AUGGCGUUUGCUAGGGCAUCGAGACGACCACUUGGAGUGUUUUACUAUAGUGCUAGUGGUAGAUUUAGCUCUGGAAAUGAGUAUUCUAGUGUAGCAAGCAAAUUGGAAAGUCUGUCUCAGUACAAGAGCUCUGGAUUUGCAAAACCUUGUAGUGGUUUUGGGAAAUUCUUGCGUGGUUUUGGUUCGAUGUCUGAACAAAUGAGCCUCAUCAAGGAACUUAGGGAAAGAACUAGUGCUCCUAUUAAAGAUGUCAAGGCUUCUCUAGUUGAAUGCAAUUGGGACAUUGAGGCUGCUCAGAAGGAUUUGAGAAAGAGAGGAAAAGCAUUGGCUUCGAAAAAGGCGUCACGGACAGCUGCAGAAGGAAUGCUUGCGGUUGCUCAAAACGAAGGGAAGCUUGCUGUUAUCGAACUUAACUGCGAAACGGACUUUGUUGCUAGGAACGAGAUUUUUCAGUACUUGGCUUUAGCUAUGGCAAAACAUGCUUUGCUGAUCGAAAAUAGUUCGCAGCAAGCUCCUGGUAUCUUCCCCUUUGGUCCGGAGCUUUUUGAGGAGUUGAAGCUCAAUCUCGAUCAUCCAAAAGUGAAUGGUGAAACAACGGUUUCAAACGCUGUUACUGAAGUAGCCGCGAUAAUGGGAGAGAAUGUAAAAUUUAGGAGAGGUUUCUUGCUGUCAAAAUCUCCAACAAGCGUCCUUUCUGCAUAUCUCCACUCAACUCCCCAGCCAGGGUUGUGUCGUAUAGCUGGGAUCGUAUCUCUAGAAGUAGAAAAUGGAACUACUCAAAUAGAAGCUCUUCAGCGUGUAGGCUCAGACCUGGCCAUGCAUGUUGUAGCCUUAAAUCCUUUAUUUUUAAGCAAAGACCUUGUUUCUUCAGAAGCAAUAGCAAAUGAACGCGAGAUUCUAAAGUCUCAGGCAGAGAGUACAGCCAAGUCUCAGAUGGUUGUAGAGAAGAUGGUGGAAGGCCGUCUCCGUAAAUAUUUUGAAGAAGUUGCUCUAAUGGAACAAAAGUUUAUUGUGGACGAUGCUAUAAGCAUAAAGACACUGGUGGACAAUUUGUCCAAGGAGGUGGGUUCUCCUGUGAAGGUUACCAGUUUUCUGAGAGUCGAGGUUGGGGAAGGAGUCGAAAGGCUUGAAGCAUCUGAUGAGCCGGUUUCUCAAAUUGCUUGA